AGAGCCCGCUCCCUCUUCCCGCUCGCAACAGCCAAACCGGACACAACGGACGCCAGCACUGCUCCCAAAUGUUACAAUACCCCAAGCCUGACCGUUAAAUCAAGAUCCAACGGCCAUCCAAAGCCUCCAUUCUCUUCGCUUCCCUUCGGUCCCAAGCCUCCAUCCCUAUACCCAAACGUCCGAUCACUGGCGGUGCCCAGACCCCCUUCUCUCCGCCACCGAUCUCUCCCCAUGACCUCGCCGGACUCCGCCGCACCCCCCGGUAACCUCACCGAGCUGAACGACGCCUCCGACUUCGACGCCAUCGUCUCCCCCGAUGGCUAUCUCUCCGUCUGCGGCUUCGGUUCUCUCCUCUCCGAGAAGAGCGCGAGGAGUACCUUCCCCGAUCUCAAGAACUUUAGACUCGCAGUGCUGCGUGGAUUCCGGCGCGUCUUUGCCCACGUCGCCCCCAUCUUCUUCGAGCGCGGGAUCGCCAAGGAGGAAACAGGGGAGGUGUCGAGCUUGAGCGUGGAGUCCUGUGAAGGGGAGUUUCUUAUAGUUACCGUGUUCGAGAUCAGAAAGGAGGAGGUUCCGUCCUUUAUUGAGAGGGAGAAUGAGUUUAGGUUCUUGGCUGUGGUUCCUGAAAGUUUGGAUGGGAUUCCUUUUGCCAAUCCAGCUGUGGUAUGUGCACGAUACAGUGAUGAUGAGUAUUUUCACAUAAGAUGCAAAGGUAGCAAGGAGACUUUUUUCCAGAAUUAUGGACGAUACAACAUCCAAAAGAUAUGGCGGGAUGAUAUUUUGCCUUGUCGUGCAUAUCUUAGACACUGUGUUUUGGCAGCAAAAAAUCUUGGGGAAGCAGCUUAUGAUAAUUUCUUAGAUCACACAUUCAUCAGUGACCGUAGAACAACCAUCCGCCAAUACUUUGCCUCAGCUGGAUCGGGCAUCAUGAAAGAAGAACCUCCAGAAUCACUCAAGAGUCGUUAUGGAGGAUGAAGCUGGCAGCUGGAGGCAUUUCAACGCAGCUGAGCAUGCACUCUCCUUUUGAAAAAUGCAUGCUGGGUCCUGUAGCUCCAAUUACAGCUUGGCAAUUAUUUACGGUUCAAAAAUUUAGAACUCUAUGUUCUGGGGAUAUUAUUGAUGAAAGGUGGAGGGAAGCACCUGAAGAUUGAAAGCAUAUUAGCAAAUUCGCCAAAAGAAAACAUUGUACUAGCAAACAAUUUAUUGGUAAGCUGGACUUGGAAGGCGAAGAAUAAUAAUUUUGGAUUUUAUAAAAGAUGGAUAUGAAAUGAUCCAAAACAUACUCAAGGUACUGCAAGUCUUCCUAUCUAUAAACUAUGAUACUUUAUAGAUCCAUGUUAAGCUUUAA